AUGUCUUGGCAAGCAUACACUGACAACCUAUUAGCUACCGGUAAGGUCGAUAAGGCUGUUAUUUACUCUAGAGCUGGUGAUGCCGUAUGGGCAACUUCCAGCUUAACUCUACAACCAACUGAAAUCGCUGAGAUCGCUAAAGGUUUCGAUGAUCCUUCUGGCUUACAAGCCAAUGGUUUACAUGUCCAAGGUCAAAAAUUCAUGAUGCUAAGAGCUGACGAUAGAAGUAUUUACGGUAGACAUGACGCUGAAGGUGUUAUUUGUGUGAGAACCAAACAAACAAUUGUUAUUGCACAUUACCCACCAACUGUUCAAGCAGGUGAAGCAACUAAGAUUGUUGAACAAUUAGCUGACUACCUGAUUAGUGUUCAAUACUAG